UGUCGACACACAUGCAUAACAUUUAUCUAAUUUUCCGUCUCUAAACCUUUUGGAUUGCUUGAGAUUUUAUUUCAUUGCUCCAUUGUGCUCGUUAUAUUUCACUCUUCCUUGAAUUAGUGUGCUUUUCGGCUUCUUUGGAGAAGCUGUAGCACGUUCUAAAAUUGUUAAUUUUAAUUAAUAUAAUUAUUCUUAUUUAAGAUUCGCAUUUUUGGCAAUGUGGAUGUAUUGAAUUUUUUUGAUAAUUCAAGUUACGAUAUAAAAUGACUAUGAUUUCAAAGGCUGCAGUAGGCAUUGCGGUUGGAAUUGCUGGACUAUUUGUUGGUUAUUGCUAUUACUUUGAUAAAAAACGACGAAAUGAUCCGGAUUUUAAAAAAAAACUUCGUGAACGAAGACGUGCCAGGAAACAAGCUCAAAAAGCUGGAUCUCAGAUUCCUGAUUUAAAAGAUCCAGAAAUUGUACAAAAAUUCUUCUUACAAGAAGUUCAACUUGGUGAAGAGUUGCUUGCUGGUGGUGAUUUAGAGGGAGGAAUUGAGCAUUUGGCUAAUGCUGUAGCUGUAUGUGGACAACCACAAGAGCUUUUAAGAGUCCUUCAAAAAACAUUACCACCUGAAGUUUUCCAUUUGUUAUUGCAAAGAUUACCUGCAGUUGGGCAGAGGCUUGUAUCACAAACAACAAUGGCUGAUGAAGAUGUCGAAUAAUUUGCUCUAUUUUGAAAUGAAUAAGAUGUUGAAAACAUUACCAUUAUUAAAAAACUAAAAAUAAUUUACAGCA